UUGUUCGCAUCGUACGGACGGCACGCAUCGUACGCAUCGGAUUUUAGUAUUCUUUACAUUAUUUCAAAUGGGUCUGCGCGCAUUUGACCGCGUCGUACGCAUCGGACAUCGGCAAUGCCGACGAGGAUCCCCGAAAGAGCAUUCAAUCCGAUGCGUACGAACGAUGCGGAUGGCCUCUACGGCAUUUGCCGGCAAAUGUGCGACCCCAUCGUCAGUUGCAGCCAGAGCGCCGUCGCGGUCGGAUGCAAACCUUCUUCGCUGCCUCCACUUCUGCUGCACAACACUCACUGGUCAGCCACACUCACUGACACACAGCCUUACCAUCAUUUCUCUAGCAGUCCAGGAGGGAAGAGGGGAGACAGAGAGGAACCACUCAUAACACUAAACCACGCCAGGCUAACCAAAGACAUGGAGCAGGACUUUACUUGGGUCCUUGUAGUCCGCAGGUGGGAAGAAUGCGCCCUCGAGGCACCUUGGCAGCUAUCAGCCACAGACACCAGACAGGCAGUGGGGGAUGAGGGUAUCGACCCCCGCUAUGAGGAGCUAGCCAGGGUCAUCAAGGCCCAGGUUCCUCAGGCGGAGGUCACUGGCUUCGUCGGUCGCUCAAGCUCUUUUGAAGUUACUGUGAAUGACUCCCUCAUCUUCUCCAAGCUCGAACGUAAGGGUUUCCCUGACUUCGACGAGAUUGUUGAUGCUGUGAUUGCUGUUGAAGAUGGUGGAAAUUCAUAAGCUAUUAAGAGGGUGCAAAAAUCAAAUUGCAGCAUCUUAAAAAUUCAUCACAUGAGGUGCUGACUACAGGAACGUACCAUUUGGCAAGGAAUGUGGUGAGCAAUGAUGCUUAAUGAAGGGAACUGUUUAAAUUUAGGACUUUUCUUGGAAAAAUAUUAGUAUUAUUGCUCAGCAUAUUUUUCCUCUUGGAUACAUCUUACUAACAAAAUUCAUGAUUAAUAAUUUUUAUGAAAAGAUUUCUAACACUAAUUUUGAUUAACUUGUGUCUUUAUUGCACCAUAAAAUAAUUUAAUUUGAAGUGUGUAAGUAACAGGGAAGAAUAUAAAGGAUGUUAUACUACAUUUUAUAACAAAGUUUUACACCAUUUAAUAAUGUCAUCUUUAACAGAAUAAAAAUGUCACCAUUAUCCAAAA